UGGAAAAUUGCUUCCCCUUGGUAUUGUGCAACAAGCAACUGUUUCUUAGCGAAUCUGCGAAGAAAAGCCGUACCAGCUGAUGUAAAAGCAACACAAAGCACAAUAUCCCUACAAGUCCGAUUUAUUAGUAAAACCAAGAGUGGAAUUGAUGCUACUUCAAUCUUUCAAAAUGUGAUGUCAAUGCAUUAAGCAGAUCAGUAUGGCCUCUGUACUCUCAGCCAGUGAGGAGAAGGACAACUUCCUCAAACUCUGCCGCCUGCUGAUAGAUGGAGGUACCCAGUCCCUGCGGACAUACUUCACAUCAAUCCACCAUCCCACCCCCCUUGCAGCAUUUCUAAAUACGCACAAGAAAACCUUAACUAACCUGAAAAGCAGGAGGAUACUCCGCCAAGAGCAGUUUGAUCGACUAUUCCCUGCCAGCGGUGUUCCAUCAGCUAAUGAUUAUGACAUUACACUUUUGUUCCUGUUGCUUCGCCACAUCUCUGGGUUGUCACCACCUGUCAGUACAUCUAGCUGGGAUGUGUUGCCUCCUCCUACUGAUCUUACCAAGGAGGCACACAUGGCCCGGCUGAAAUGGUACAGGAAUAAUGUGUUUGCCCACAUCAAAUCAACUGAAGUGCCAACUGUUCAAUUUAAUCAGUACUGGGUUGAAAUAUCUGAUGCACUGAUCUCCCUCGGUGGAGUCAGUCAGGGUGACAUAGAUGCCCUGAAGGACACACCUCUUGAGAGAGAUUAUGUAACGCUUUUGAAAGAGUGGGUUGAUAAAGAUCUAGACUUGUCAAAAGAAGUAAAUGAGACAAAGAGAGAAGUGCAAGAGACAAAGACUAAAGUAGAUGAGACAAACAAAGUAGUGCAUGAGGUGAAGGGAAAAGUAUCUGAGAUCUCUAUAAAAACAGAGAAAAUGGCAGUGGACCUAGCAUCACUCAAAGAGGAAUUCUCAAGUAAAAAGUUGAACAGUAAGAAGGACAUCACUGCCACUAAAGGUGAUGAAGCUGCUUCUGGGAAAACAUCUCAUGACCCAGGGAAUGAGAGUCUACCAAAAGGUAAAAAGGUGAACAGCAAGAAGGACAUCACUGCCGCUAAAGGUGAUGAGGCUGCUUCUGGGAAAACAUCCCACGACCCAGGGAAUGAGCGUCUACCAAAGAAAAAAGCGGUUCAAGACUUUAUUGACUAUCUUCAUCUGAGGUACACGACAGGUGAAGAGGUCCUUAUUGAGCCGCUUAAGGACAUGGAGGACGGCAACUUCACGCUGGAGAACAUGUUCUCAGAGCUGGAGAUCGUCAGAAAAAACACCGAUAUCAAGGUGCCGAUGUAUGACGUCUUUACCGCUAGUGAACCAUCCAAGACGGUGCGAAGUGUUCUCCUGGAGGGGGACUCUGGGGCGGGCAAGACCACGUUUUGCAAGAAGAUUGCAUAUGACUGGGCAACAGGGGUCUUGGCCAAAACAGAGUCCUUCCCUCAGGUGGAGCUAGUGCUGUCUUUGAAGUGUAAAGGGAUAAGUUCUAAAGGGUUCCCGCAGGCAGUGCAAGAUCAAUUGUUUCCCGAGGAAUUUAGUGUACAAGAUAGGGUAGAAGUGGUGCAGUACAUCAAAGAAAACCAAAAUAAGGUUUUGAUAAUCCUAGAUGGAUACGACGAGUUACCUUUAGAGGCAAGGGAGAGCAUACAUAAUGUAGUAUGUAAAAAGUUCUAUUCCUCUAGUUGCACCCUUUUAACGAGUAGACCAGAAAAGAAGCUCAGCAAAUACUUUACAGGAAGUAAUGCUCUAGAAAUCAAGGGAUUUCUCGAUGUUGAUGACUUUAUCAGCAUUUUCUUUAAUGCAUUACCAGAUUACGCAGCAUUUAUUGUAGAGAUUAUCUCCAAAGGAAUCUCUAAUGUCGAAUUGUGUAAUCCUCUCACCUUGAUUCUCUUCUGUUUGAGUUAUAAGGAUCAUUGUGAGAGGAACAGGGAAAAGGAUUUCUCACAUGGUAUGACCCUUCGAGAACUUUACGAGGAUGUAGCGUACUCACGAAUUAGGAGAUACUUUGAGAAGGAAGACAUCAACUUCGACGAUGACGAUAUUCAAGCGACGAGUUUACAACUAGGAGAAAUUGCUUUUCAUAGUCUUAAGGACAAGGCUAACACCUUUCCACUUCCUAAACUAUCAGAAGUUUUGAAAAAGGUAGGUUUCUUAACACGCCGCAAAUCCCCUAGCACCAUACGAGCAGUAGAAAUGUACUCCUUUGUUCACAAGUCUUUUCAGGACUUUUUCUGUGCUGUGUUUUUAGCUGACAGGCUUGGACAAGGCAUUGUUGAGAGUGUAUUGAUUAAUGAUUUUGGAUUUUACCUCACUGUCAAUCGUUACGACCUCGCUUUGAUGGUAGUCAGUAAUGUGAUGAAAGCCGUGGAAUCUCUCGCAGGCAAAGUACCCGAGCAUCCACCCGAAGAGUUUCCCGUGAAUGAUUGGCGUGCCUACUAUAUCGCUCUCAAGUUGCUGUGUCAGUGUCUGGCGAGAUGCAAAAAAUCAGAAAUCGUCAAAGUUUUGGAAAAGGCAUAUUGCCUCCUUCCAUGCAGAGUGCUUUUACAAUUUAAUAAUUUUGAACCAUGUUAUUCUACGCUGUUAGGAUUGUCAUAUUUGCUAUCGUACGAUUUGUCUCGUUCCCAGAGCCUGCAGACUGUCGGUAGUGUCAGCGGUUUGCGUCCCCUUGGUGAUCUUGCUAUCCUUUUUUUGAAUUAUACAGAUGGGAUCCCUGAUCAAUUUACAAAAGCGUUAGCUUCUUCUCCGAUUCGAAAACUAGAUAUUUCUUGUCCCCCUUGUGCAGGAGAUAUUGUAAAAGCGCUUGUCAGCAUGCUGUCACGUACCACCUUACAGUCUCUCAGCCUUUUUGUUGGGAACGGCGAGGCUAAUGUUGGCAAUUUAAUCGAGUCUUUAAAGAACAACGUUACACUCUCAGCAAUCUGUAUUGAAUCUGUCGGCUUUGGUGAUUCGUGUGCUAUCAAGUUGGCUGAGAUCUUAUCUGAUAACACCAGUCUCACUGACGUUCGCAUUAAUAAUGUGUUUGGUGCCAAGGAACUCGGCAUAGCUUUGUCAAGGAAUUCAUGUCUCGAGGAACUGUCCGUAGCUUGUAAUGAUAUUAAUGACGGAGGGAUGUGUGCGCUGGCUGAGUCUGUGGCUAGUAAUGAAACAUUACAGGUUCUUUACAUCUCGUACAAUAACGUCGGUCAAAAUGGAGACCCAAGCUCAGGGUUUGUUCAGCCCGUGGAUCGCGAGUCUCUCUAUAGCGAGUCUCGGGCUGUAGCAAGGGAGCUUCACUGA